UAGGAAAAGUACCACCAUGCGAGAAUUGACCCUGUUAUAUUUGGCAGCUUUUAGUUUCUAAUAAGGAUUUAACAGGGCGAAGAACCAGUUGGAGUGCAGUGGAUUUAUUCAGAGAAGAUGACAGUCUGUCUCAAAGUUUGUUUUUAGUCAAGACAGCAGCGCGAAUUUGGCCCUUACACGGGCAUCUUUUCAAAGCUAACUAGCUAGCGUGGUGGCGGUGAUGCUGGCUGAGCGUGUUCAUGUGUGGUAGAAGCACAAAUAGCCGGUCCUUGUUAUAUGUGUGCCUCCUAAAUUACAAUGUCUGGCUUUAACUUCGGAGCAGGUGGUCUUACCGCCGCCACCAACGCCGGUGCGGGAUUCUCAUUCGGGGCCGCAACCAGUGCACCUGCGGCCAAUACUGGUGGCUUCUCCUUUGGAACUGCUUUGGGUACAGCAGCCCCAACUCCUGCUGCCGCCGCCGCCACCACCAGCACGCCGUCCCUUGGUCUAGGAGGCAGUCUCUUUGGUCAGAAACCUCCUGGGGGAUUUUCUUUCAACACACCUGCCUCAAGUGCUGCUGCACCCACUGCUGGCCUUACGUUAGGUGCCCCAGCAUCCACAGGUGCUUCCACUGGCUUCAGUUUGGCUUUCAACAAGCCCACUGCAUCAGCAACACCAUUCUCCCUCACCACCACCUCCACCACCUCGUCAGCCCCUGCCGGGGCAGGUCUAACAUUUGGCUCUGUCCUGACCUCCACUGCUCCACAACAGCCAGCAGCCGCAGGCUUCACCCUUGGGCUUGGUGGUUCAACAACAACAGCAGCAGCUGCAACAAUCCCAUCACUAGGCGGGGGUCUCUUCUCCAGCACUGCAGCUACAGGUUUGGGUCAGACCACUCUUGGAGGAGUAGGAGGAGGUUUAACGUUGGGUUCUCUGUUAGCUACCUCUACAGCAGCGCCAGCCGCUCCAGCUCCUAGUAUUGGUUUAGGUGGCGUCGACUUCAGCACUUCUUCUGAGAAUAAGAGCGACACAUCAUCUGGAGCCAAUGCACAGGACAGUAAAGCUUUAAAAGAUGAGAACCUGCCUCCGGUCAUCUGUCAGGAUGUGGAGAAUUUCCAAAAAUUUGUCAAAGAGCAGAAACAGGUUCAGGAGGACAUAAGCAGGAUGUCAUCCAAAGCCAUCUCCAAAGUCCAAGAUGACAUCAAGAACCUCAAACAGCUUCUCUCCGUGAGUGCCAGCGGUCUGCAACGUCAGGCUCUGGCUAUUGACAAGCUGAAGCUGGAGACAGCACAGGAGCUGAAAAAUGCUGAUAUAGCACUGCGUACACAAAAGACUCCUCCUGGACUUCAACAUGAGAACACUGCUCCAUCAGAUUAUUUCCGCUGCCUGGUAGAGCAGUUCGAGGUGCAGCUGCAGCAGUACCGGCAGCAGAUAGAAGAGCUGGAGAACCACCUGACAACGCAGAGCACUGGCUCUCACAUCACCCCUCAGGACUUGACCCUGGCAAUGCAGAAGUUGUAUCAGACAUUUGUUGCACAAGCUGCCCAGCUCCAGUCUGUCCAUGAGAAUGUCAAGAUCUUGAAGCAUCAGUACCUUUCCUAUCGUCGGGCCUUCCUGGAAGACUCCACAGACGUUUUCGAGUCCAAACGGACAUCCAACAGGAAGUGGCAGAGUGCGCCGCGAGUCACAACAGGGCCUGCCCCAUUCUCCAGUGUGCCAAACGCUGCAGCGGUUGCCAUGGCAGCCACAUUGACCCAGCAACAGCAGCCAACUACAGGGACCCAGGCACCCUUGGGGGCAGGGUUUGGAAACCCCUUUGCCUCGGCAGUUGGCACUAGCUUGGGCUCCUCUACUCUUGGAGGUUUUGGUGGUGGGCCAGGAUUUGGUGGGGUGGGGACUGGGGGUUCUUCUUUUGCCUUCUCCUCCACCAGUAAGCCCACAGGAGGCAGUCUGAGUGCAGGUUUUGGCAGCAGCAGCACCUCAGGCUUUAACUUCAGUAACCCUGGCCUCAACCCUUCGGCCGGCCUGACCUUCGGUGUGUCUAACCAACCUGCAGCAGGCUUUGUCACAGGAGGGCCCCUUCUCCAGCUCAAGAAGCCCCCUGCUGGUAACAAAAGGGGCAAGAGAUAGAGCCAAGGAAAGACAGAACCCUGCGACUGACCAGUUUGUCGUUUGUAGCUUGUAAGGCCUGGUCUCCCAAAAGCAUAAUAAGCGCUAUAAUCAUCCUUAUCCAACUUCACAGCAAAGAAAAUGGACAUUUAAGGAUUUUUUAAAACCAUAAGCAGCAUUAUUUUUCUAUUAUAUGCUGGUUUGCAUUGCCCACUGUCCCACACUGAUUUGGUUCCAUUCCAUCUGAUUCCUAAUUGAUAAACGAUUAACUAAUAUUGCCAGCUAAUGCUAAUGCCAGACAUUUGGAAUCAUUUUCUAAGGACUGCAAGGCUAACUCUUUUUAGCUUAUUGGUUAUUGUUGCCCAUGGUAGGGAAGAUGGGAUCAAAUCAAUAUAGUAGACAGUGGCAUGUAAGGAAAGGUUAAAUAUAGUGUGUCUGCAUAAUGUUAAGCAUGAACUUGCCCAUAUGCAUUGCCUCAAAUUUUUUACCUGCACCUAGUGACCUGUGACGCUACAAUGCUUUUGGGAAUGCCAGCUGAGGGCAGAGAGGUCGAAUUCAUAUAGUUUAAUUUACCUGUGAGGACUUGCUUUAGUCUGAAUAUUGUACGACAUAGAUGUGUUUUUGCGAUUUGAGGUGGACAUUGAAGUUGAUUCCAUUGUGUCAUACACUCUGUCAAUCCCAGAACUGCACUUGAAUGCCUCUCAAAUGAUGACUUGGCUCAAGUCUCGUCCAGGAGAGCUUAAGAUAAGGUAAAGGUUAAGAGACUUUAGGGGUAAUAGUUGGCCACGGCCCUAAGGUGUCAGUGGGGCAUAUUAUCUGAUCCUUGAUAGUUUUAUAGGCACAGGAGAGUGUCCAGGGUGGGUUUUUGGGGGAAGCACAGUUUUAUUUUUGUAACAAGCGGAGAGAGAGAUGAGGGGUAAAAAGGGGACUAGCAUCACGGGAUAGUCCAUUAUCUAGUCCACAUAACCUGUGUUGUUUUUGCUAUAAUCCAUCCUUUUUGUUUAUCAAUUACAAUUUUUAGUUUGCCCCUGUGUAACAGUCUAAGAUGUUGCGGAAAGGAAACGCUGUGCUGUGUGUAUUACAUGGCUCCCUCUAGAUGUUAAAUUAGUUGAACCGUAAAGGGAUUUCACAUUGCAGAUUCUACGUACUGAAAUUGAGUUAUACAUGUGCUAAAACAAAUUUGCACUUGCCAGUGUAUGUGACCUGACAGUGAUUGUGUGAAUGUGCAUGUGUGCGUAUUGCACAAGUAUGAAUUUGUCUCCUUGGUCUAUCAUACUGUAGUUGCUGACUUAUUUUGAGCAUCGGGUGUGGUUCGGGGAUCUGCUUUUUUUUUUAAUUGUUCAUGUCAGUUCAGUUACCAAAUACUGGUAGUUGUACUCUUAUUUUCUAAUCACACUCUGUGUAAACAUGUAUUUUCAAGAAGCUGUUUAAUAAUAAAAUCUUCAAUAUGAUGUUUUGCCUGUUUGUGGCAUCACUUCAAUAAAUGUGUGUGUUGACACAGAAUGGU